UCAACGACUGUCUGAAGAGGAUUCAUUAAAAUGCUGAUCUUAUUCCAACUGCUGCUGCUGCUCGGAGCGACGCGAAGCACAUUCAAUCAGAUCUUUGAGACAAAGACUGCUGCUGUCGGAGAUGAAUUGAAGUUUACGUGCCGCCGCCAGAAGACGGAUUUCGGAGCCAAACUUUUUUGGAUCCGGCUUGUUUCUGGAAACUUGCCUGAAUUCUUGGGAGGAACACAUUCCUUUGAUGAUGAUGGUGUUAAUGAGACUCCUCACUUUACAGUCAAACAAGAGCCUGGAAGCUUUGUUCUAUACAUUAACAAAGCAGAGCCGAGUGAUGCUGGAGGUUACUACUGCAUGGAACACAAAACACUUGAAGUGAAUCUAUUGAGUGGAACAUUUCUGAAAAUUAAAGGACCAGAACCUGAUAUAACUGCCGUCAUUCAAGUCCGUCCAUCUGACCCGGUUGGUUCAGGAGACUCUGUGACUCUGCAGUGUUCCGUCCUGUCCGGCUCUGACAACCGAACAUGUCCAACAUAUGACAAGCUGUACUGGUUCAGAGCUGAUGAAUCUCAUCCCAGUUUAGUUUAUGUUCAUGGCAGUAGUGGUGAUGAAUGCAACAGGAGCCUUGAAGCUCACCCGACCCACAGAUGUGUCUUCAAUUUCUGUAAGAGUUUUAGUUCCUCUGAUUUUGGGACUUAUUACUGCGCUGUGGUCACAUGUGGAGAGAUUUUAUUUGGACGAGGAAUAAAACUGGAAAAUGAAGUGGUCAACGUCUGGAAUGAACAGAAGGCCAAUACAGUUCUGUGUCUGUUAAGUGCUGCAUUGGCAAUAAGCCUGAUUGUUGUUGUUGUCUUGUUCAAGAAGAAAAUGUGUGAUUGUUGCAAAGAUGGAGUUUCUUUACAAACAGAGGCUGCAGCAGUCGGUGGUAAUCUGCCAAGUCAGCAGAGACACGAGGACUCAUUGGUUUAUUCUGCACCGACCUUCUGCAGGAGGAAGGCUGGCAAAACAACUGGGAGAGGAAAUGUAAAACCUGCAGAUAAAGAAACGGUCUACUCUGAUGUCAGAGCAUAUGCGAUAUGAUUUAUGAUAAAAUAGCUAUUAUCAUUCAUGGCUUGAACAUUGUCAAAAGAACAGUCAUUCACAUAAAGUGUCACAUCUGAUGUUAAUAACAAUAUUUGGAUCGUAUUAAAUUAUAUUUGUAUAAAAACACAUUUGCAAUUGCUUCUGGUGACAGCCGACAGAGCUGAGUGUUUACAAUUUCUCAUCAUCUUUCACUUUUCAAGGUCAAUCGUGUUUCUACUCAAACUGGCUUUUGAAAAUAAUCAAACUUUCACACUUUCUC